AUGCUUGCCCUCAACGAAAAUAAAAUGAAUAUAAGAUUGGUGUGUGAAAUUAUAGCCAUGAUUUUGCUACAUGUCAUAUUUUACAAGGUGUCCAUUUAUUACUUACUGAGAUAUUUAGACAUUUUAAAUCAUUCGAAUAAAUUUAAUAAAAACAUUUUUUUCAUAACCUUUCUAGUUUGCAUGUCCAUUUUUUCCCUUUUCCUCUUUGAAUUAUCCAACAUAGUGUCCAAUGGUACCAUUACGUACAUUUGGCACAUUGAUAUAUGUGUCCUAGUCUGCUUGUUGUAUAUAGUUAUUCCAGUAGAGUUCAUCAACACUAUAUUUGAUUCGAGUAAUUACAAAGAAAUCCUGUCCCCAGAAUUUAACUCCCACUCGCACAUCAAAUUGAUAAAAAAAUAUUAUAUAAAAAUAAGUGCCAUUUAUAAGGAGCAAAAUGGAAUUAGUAAAAAAAUAAAAAAGCAUUUUUUUCUCAUUCGAAGUAUCAUAUUUUUAUCAUUACUUUGGCUAAGUUUAGGGAAAUUAAAAAAUAUGAUUUACAAAAAGAAUUACAAUUAUGUUAUAGCAGAUGAUAACACGCUCGAUAUAAGAAAGUACCUGUUAUAUAGUCAGAACGUUGAGCUUCAGAAGAAAAAUCAGAACAAAUUCUUUAAUAAGACAAUUUUUUACUUACUAGAAAGGAGGAAAAAAUGCUUCAAUUAUUACUCCACCGCAUUUAGACGGUUCCAUCAGUAUUACCAUAAGGGCCAAAACCAAGGUGGACAAACCGAGGAAGAGAAGAUAUCGAUAUUUAGAAAAUGUAUGAACCGUAUCUAUAACCUUGUAGGCAUCCUCUGCUUUAUGUUUCUACAUUACUUAAUGUUGUUGUACAAAUUCAUCAUCGGAGAGCUACUCAUAAAUAUCUGUGCACUUGGAGUAACGACAAAUUCUAUCGUCGCUGGUAUAUCCUCCAUGUAUUUUAUUUACGACUAUAUUACCACCUUUGUGUAUUAUGUGCAUAUUCCGAAGUUACAAAUGCAGAUUUAUAACAUCGAAGAAAGUAUACUAAUUAACUUUACUAAUUAUAUGUUUAAAAAGGAGGAACUCGAAAGGUUGCAAAGUAACUUUGACAUGAAUUCAAAACGGUUUCUGUACGAUGCGAAAAAGGGAGGAUCUCCUGGGGGGAAUAUCCUUCCUGUUAAAAAUUCUUCUCCUUUGGAAGUACCAGAAAAAAACGGUGCAGAGUGCUAUAAGGAACAGCAGUUUCCAUUCAAUGAGGAACUCGAACAAAAUAGUGAACAAGGAAUUAUUGCUCGAACUAGAACUGCCAUAAUGAGAAAAAAAAAAAAAACUGUGAAAAAAGCUUCCGUACUUGUGAACUUCACCAACCGGUUAAAAAAUAUGUGCACUUUUAAAAAUAGUAGCUUUUUAAACUGUGUGGAUAGCGGCGGUCAGGUGAAAACCACUGAUUUUGCCUUUUUGCUGGACAAGCAGAGGCACUCCAAAGGUACCAUGAAGAAACAAAAGAGACGACUAAGUACGCACCAUUUUGAGCAACCAAAAAGUAAAAAGAGAAGUGGAAAUUUCAGCGAUCACGAAUCGACUGUUAUUAACUAUUUCUAUAAAAAUAUAAACAAAGAUAAUGUGCACCCUUUGAAGAGGUCAAAUAGUUGCCCCCACUCCUUUGUCGAAAGUCGUGACACUUCGUCUGACGAUGAACCUAGUGCAAAUGCGAGUGAGGAGGGACAAAUGAGGAAGUACGCCUCUCUAAAUGUGAUGUUUGACAGUGAACUCUCCUCCUCGAAAGGGGGAAGCCCCAGUCGCACGGGGAGUGGAGGCGACAGCGGUGGCGAUAGGGGCAGUGACGGAAGCGGUAAUAGCGGUGGCGAUAACGGCGUGUGCAGACACAGGGAUAAACAGAACAUCGAUGAAGAAACAAACGGGGAAGACACGCCGAGCACGCACAAUGUGAACAACGGUGGCGCCAAUAAAUUUUUCUUCAAAAGCAUCAGCUUCCCAGUUAACAAAUUUGAAAAAACCAAAUACAACGAAAAGAAGAAAAAAAUGGAGCGCAUUCAAUUUUUGUACGAAAUGGAAAAGAAUUUCCAUUUAAAAAAUAGAAUAAGCAUAGAUGAUAGCGAAUUGAAGGACGAGUACAGUCAACAGAAGGACAACCAGGCAAAUAAUGACCACAACAUGUAUGACUCGUGUAAUGAAGAUAUGCGCAAAAUGCAAGACAUUGAAAAUUACAAUAAAUUAAAAAAAGAAAUAGAAAAUAUUGUGUACACAAAUACAAGUAUGUAUUAUUCCUUAAAUGCAAUAUUAAGCAGGAAGUUUGAAAUUCAAAAAAAUAAGAAUUGCCUGCUGGGAAAAAUUAAUGUCUUUUUAAAUUCGGUCAUGUUUUUAACAGUCAUUUAUAAAAUUAUCAUGUCCAUUUUAAACAUUAUAUUUAUAAGAAUAUAUAUAAGGGAUCCUUUUUCCAAGAUGAUUGAAAGGAUAUGUUUAUUUUUUAAUAUAAAAUAUAAUAUAGCCAUAAUUUAUGGGCCAUAUAUAUCCUUAUUGUACAUUUCGUACAUCGUAGCAAUAAACAUGAAGAAAUUUUUACAACAGAUUAUUCAGAUAUCGACUUAUUUUUCCUUUUAUUUUAAACUUUUUUCAAAUAUGUGGAUUUUGUUAAUUUCCGAAUUAAUGGGCCUCUAUUUUGUGACUAACUCUUUGCUCUUAACUUCUUACAUUCCUGUAAAUUACAAUCACAUUAUGAAUUUUGUUAUGGGAAAUAAUUAUGAUUAUAAUAUAUUUCAUUUGCACUCUGAUUAUGUUUUCAUCACGUCCUUUACGUCUACGUUAAUUUUUUGUGUUCUUUACAUGUUUUAUUUUUAUUUUUUUUAA